AUGUUUAUACACUGCUUAACUUUAUUAAUUAGUUUACUAUUUGUUAUUGUUAAUGCCAAACAAUCAUCUAUAACGGUCAGUGAACAUAGAUCCAAUGAUAUUGUUAAUAGUGAUUCAUUUAAUCAAUCGUGGCCAGUAACAACUCCGAAGAUUUUAAUUCGAGUAACUCGUCUGAAUAAGAGAAAGUCGAUAGUGAAUGGCCGUCAUCGUCGUGAAAUCCUUGAUUCGAUACAAAAUUCUGAUUUUGUUAUGCUCAUAACCAAAACCAUGGCAGAUAUUGACAGCAGUGAAGAAAUUUUCGGCAUGGCAAAAAAGGUAGCCAUAGCGGUAUUUGUUGGUGUAUUAUUAUGUAUUAUUUGCUGUAUUGUUACAACAAUUUGUAUUUGCGUUAGAUGCUGUUGUCGCAGUAAUAAAAGUCGAAAAAGAAAUGAAGGUUUUGUUACGGUACCGCAAACAGUAGUGAUUCAGACAAACUCACCGAAUUCACAACAAGUACGACCAGUACAAUCAUGGAAUUCUGAAUAUCAUCCAAUGUUACCUCAGCCAAGUGCUCCACCACACCACAUGGACGAUUAUCUUUCAGAACGUCCACCACCCUAUGAGAAAAUUUUUUCCGGCAAAUAA